UUCGUCAUUUCAACAUCUCCUCCAUCUGUUCAAUUUUCCUUUUUUUUCUUUCUUCCCCCUUUCCCUCUUUCUCGGCGGCCGCGAGAUCGAAAUCAAGAUUCGUGCUCGCGGUGAUGGGGCUUCUGUCGAACAGGAUUGGGAGAGAGAGCUUGAAGGCAGGGGAUCACAUCUACUCUUGGCGCACUGCUUAUGUUUAUGCUCAUCAUGGUAUUUAUGUGGGUGAUAACAAAGUGAUCCACUUCACUAGAGGGCGUGGCCAAGAAGUAGGCACGGGCACUGUUCUCGACCUCAUCCUUAUAAGCUCUGCUCCUACUCAAAGGUCGGAACCCUGCCCAAACUGCACUUCCCAAUCUGAUGAAUCUAGUGGAGUUGUUUGCUCUUGCCUCGACUGUUUUCUUGCUGGUGGUGUUCUAUAUCGCUUUGAGUAUGGAGUGAGCCCCGCCCUAUUCCUUGCCAAAGCCCGUGGUGGCACAUGCACACUUGCAGUCACAGACCCAAAUGAAAUUGUGGUGCACCGAGCAACUCAUUUACUCACUAAUGGCUUCCGAUGCUACAAUGUUUUCAAGAGCAACUGUGAGGAUUUUGCCAUUUACUGCAAAACCGGUCUUCUUGUGGUGGAGCAAGGCAUUAUUGGGCAGAGCGGUCAGACAAUAUCAAUUGUCGGCGGCCCCCUUGCAGCUGUUCUUUCAACACCAUUCAGGCUUCUUACGACUAAUGUCUAUGGCAUUGCUGUAACUGCUGUUGGAGUCUACUGCGCCAGCCGUUAUGUUGCUGAUAUCGGCAACAGGAGGGAUGUCAUAAAAUUGACGGUGGAAGAUCUGACCGCAGGUUUGGCUGCCGGCAGGGUGCAGUUGGUCGAGCAAAACAGUAAUCAUCAACUUGUACCUGCAAUGCGUCCCUAGCUAUGCCCGAUGCAUGUUUAUGACUUUUCGGUUGUAUCUGACCUUCCGGCAGUAACAAUGAUAAUAAAUAAUAACAAUAUGCAUUUAUUUGAUCAGUA